GACAGAUCUUUAUCGAUGAAACAUACUGAACGUGACCGAUACUGCACUUGAAUAGCUUCAACUGGUAAAGAUCACAAACGGACCGCCACAAUCAUCUCUCACCGCUUUCAUCACUUUCACCACUUUCAACAUCCCGCCACGAUGCACUAUGAAAGGCGAAUACAAAAAGCAAAUCCCGGGACAAUCCAAGACAAGUUUCUCGUCGGAUAUCAAGGGUGGUUUACUUGUGGUGGGGACGGUGAGCCGGUCGGCGAAGGCCACCACGGCUGGCUUCAUUGGUUCAACUACCCAAUCACUGACGGCGGAAAACCCAAUAUCGAUGUCUGGCCCGAUGUUUCAACCUAUUCACCCUCAGAGUUAUUCCCAGCGCCAGGGCUCAAGUUCCAGUCAGGAGAACAGGCGUUUCUAUUUUCUUCAAGACAUCCGAAAACUGUCAAGAGGCAUUUCCACUGGAUGGCGGAGCAUGGCGUAGAUGGAGCCUUCCUACAGCGAUUUGCGGGAGAAGUCGAUAUUGAAGGCGGUGCGGUCGGGAAUCUGCGUAUACGUGAUGAAGUCGGAGAUGCAGUAAUGCGCGCAGCAGAGGAAGAGGGCAGAGUCUUUGCCAUAAUGUAUGAUGUAACAGGUGCGCCACCAGAUCGCAUACAACGAAUUCUAGAGCGAGAUUGGACCCAUCUCGUACGAGAGAAAGGAGUUCUCGACAGUCCAAACUAUCUCCACGAGAAGGGUAAACCUGUCAUUGCACUAUGGGGAUUCGGGUUUGCCGAGGCGGGACAUACCCCAGCCCUCCUACGCGCUAUAACGAAUUCAAUACGGAAUCUUACGCCUGGUGGUGCAUAUCUGAUGGCUGGCACGCCCACACACUGGCGUACUUCCGAAAGCGACGCCGAUCCGGACCCUAGAUUUCUGGACGUUUGGCUAAAUGAAUUUGACGCGAUAUCUCCGUGGACGGUUGGACGAUAUCGAAGCGACGAAGAUAUAGAAAGGUUUGCUGAGACCAAGAUGAAGGGUGAUAUGGACUUGCUGAAAAGGCAUUCUGAGAAUGGCGGUCGCAAGAUUGACUACAUACCUGUUGUCCUUCCCGGCAGUACAGGCUUCAACCUCACUGAAGGCAGAUGGACGUGGAAUGACAUGAAACGGAAAGGAGGGAGGUUCCUUUGGAAACAAAUUUUCCACGCGAAACGGCUCGGUAUUCGGACGAUAUACGGAGCCAUGUGGGACGAGUACGACGAAGGUACAGCGUUUAUGCCAAUUGUGAGCAAAAAAAGCAUGCUGCCUCAGUCAGACAAGUACCGCUUCAUGGCCCUCGAUGAAGACGGUUAUGAUCUACCUCCAGACUGGUACAUGCGAAUCUGUGGCUUUGCUGCUGAAGGGUUACGCAGUGAACGGUUAAUCCAUGAGACUUUUCCUGUAAAGGAGCUCGAAGACUACUGGUCCACCCGACCGAAGUAUGAAGAAGACCCUGAGAAAAAGGAAGUAGACGGAGGACAGGCCUACCAAGCAUGGUUGUUCACGCAAAAGGGGCAGAAGGAUGAACUUCCCCCUCCUCCGUACUCGUUGGAGGUGGACGAAGCUGGACCGUCAGCGUCAGGCUCCGGGUCAGGCUCUACGUCUCGUCCGGUGGACGUCACGGUUCCAGCGCAUGCCUCAGCCCAAACUGGAGCGCUAAACAGCAGUUCCAACGUUUUGUAUGGUCGACCGGCAGAUACUUACCCUCAUUCGUCAUACGUGGGGCCAUCACCUUCAUCUUUUCCGUCAGGCUCGUCGUUGUUGUACGCGGGAUCACCUAAUGUGCCUCAUACAAUGACUAGUUCUUCGGGGUCCUUGCACGCUACCUCAACACACCAGUCGAUAUCGACGUCUUCCACAUAUAAUGAUACCAUAUCCUCACUCACAAAUGACUUUGCCCGUCAAGAUAUUUCAUCUUCCUCUCCACCUCCAGUUACAUCUUCCGCUCGACCUGCUUUGUCACCUCCCCCACUCCAUCCUGCGUCAACUUCUGCCAACCGACCACCUCAAAGGCCCCUUCAAUCUCAAUCAUCAUUUAGUGUCACACCUCCACCCGUACAUCCCUUAAUAGCCAAACGUCCUUCAUCUGCCUCCGUCUCUCGCGCUGAGUCUUCAUCUUCCAGACCUCCACCCCUACCUGCAGUUGAAACCCGCCCAACCAGCACGGCUUCAGUCCGUCCUUCCCCUAGUGUCAAUUACCAAACUCGUCCGCCUUCAAGACCGCAACAGCAAUCUUCCCCACAAUGGUCUCCGCCGGAAUGGGGCACAUCUCCACUCGGACCAAGACCGGAAUCGGUUCCCUAUCCAGGUUACUCGAGACCUUCGCGCCCACCAGGUUCUCCUCCUCGGCCUUUUGGCCGACCUCCACCGCUUCCUAGACCUCCUUCUCCAGGCUCGUAUAGACCCCCAUCUCCCGGCUCGUAUAGACCUCCGUCUCCUCCCGUAUCGUUCCCUUCGGCCAUGGGACCUUCGUAUCCCCCAUCACCUGGAUCCCUACCUCCUCCAGUGAUGUUCCCUCCACCACCACCGCCUCAAGAUUUGUACCGGCCGACAUAUGCCUACCCAGAACCUCAGCUGUCACCUUCGAGCCCCACAUUCCCGGUACAAUCGAAUUAUCCCGGUCAGCUGAAUUAUCCUGGCCAAGGGCAGUUCAGUUAUCCGUCGUAUCCAUCGUACCCUGGACAAGGACAAGGCUACCCUGGACAGUCUUCCUUUCCCGGGCAGUUUGAUCAGCCUCCGCCUGGUGGAUACAUCUAUUCACAGCCCCAGCCCCAGCCUCAACAGGGGUCCGGGUAUUACAAUAACAACGCUCUUCCGCCUCCAGGGCAACCUGCGAAUUCAAGCACCUCGUCGUACUUGGGUUCUGCGCUGACUGCAGUCGCGGGGAAGAAGCGGGGAGAUCAGCUUAUGCAAAGUGGGAGUAAGCUAUUUAACAAGUUUACGAAGUAGGUGAGGAAAGAAACGAGAUAGUUUUUAACCUAUGUAUUCGAUCUGCUUUACUUUGGACAAUCUCAAAAACGAGCGGGAUAUUACUACUAGUUCAUACAGAUCUACCUGUUUACAGUCGAGCAUCGGCUUAUUCGAACAUCUGCCCGCUACAGUGUGAUUGGCAAUCUGGCGUGCGCGACAAGUAUAUAUAUUAUUAGACGAUGGAAUGCACUACAGGAUUUCGGCAAAGCAAUUAAAAUAGAUCGAACCUUUUUGG